UCUCUCCAUCCUCACACCUUGCGUCGUCUUCCCCGUACAUCACCGCCGAUAUGCCUUCACGUCGCAAGAAGGAGCCAGAGGCGGCUGCCGACGAGUACCAGGCUCCCUUCACAAUGCCUGUACGCAAUGGCAACUCAUCGAAGCAAGCGACGCAGGCCAACGAUGAUGACGCAGAGGAUAUGGCAUCCUCGCCCUUCUUCGACGACAAGGAGCAUGCAGAAGCCAUGGCCUGGGCUCGCUCCCAUGAGGGUAUGGCACAAGAGGACAACGAUGGUGCAGCACCUGGCUCAGUCCGUAUCAGAAAGAGGAGAGACAGUCAAGUGGGCAAUUACGGAGACGCUGCGAGUAUCUUCGAUGGGCCGGUGGCCGGUGCCGUACCAAGCAGCGUCUCGAGCAUGCAUCACACCAUGGCACGUCCGGAACUAGGCAGGCGUGCAUCCAGUCGGUCCCGUCGUCGGAUCUCUCGGGAAUCAAGCCGCAGAUACAAUGGCUCCGGGGAUGGCGACGGCGGAGACUUCGAUGAUGCUGCAUCCGCGACCAGCGGGCGGGCCAGCGUGCGGAGCUCUGGUGCCAACUCCCACUUUGGUAGGAAGCGUAGAAUCCCCGCAGCCGGAGACGAUGAAGAAACCGAGGGUCAAUCGCGCGGGAUGCUAGGUUCUCUCUUGGCUUCCAUCCGAGGCGACAAGGUACAAGAUGACGACGCUCGCAGUCGGGGGUCGCGUCGCCCUUCGAUCGGUCGCAGGCAAAGCUCUUCCUCAAGCGUUGGCUCAGGGCGAGCCAGUUCUCGAGGAGACGAAGAAGACGAAGACGGCUUUGACAUUGACUACGGCACAGAUGAUGAUGACUUCUCUUCUGGCGAUAGCAUGCGCAGUACCACCUCAGACGAGGACGGCGGAGAUGGCCGAGGCGGUAUCAUGCCGUCGGCUUUUGGACCUAUCAGUGGAGCAGUCGACCCGGUCUUCGGUGACUCGCGUAUCAGUACUGGCCGAGAACCCGAGGACGAGCUGGAUGCUGAGCUGCAGGGUGUAGACUUCGAUCCGGACACCGCUAAUGGCUUCGGCCGCCCCUCAGGUCCCGCGGUCGAUGUCGAGUCUGGACGCAGCCCAGAAGCAACGCGCAAGGCCCUUGAGGAAUUGAGCUAUCUUGAUCGAACUUCUCGCGCACGACAACAGAUCUACCUGCCCGAUGAAGACUCUCUAAUCCGGUUCACUGGGUACCAGGCUGUCCCUGCCAAGAAGGUGAUCUGGACAAUUCUUUGCAUCCUGUCCAUUGGCAUCAUCUACCUGAUUGGUCGAUGGUUGCCAAAGGUUUGGCUUCGUUGGACAUGCAAAGAGUGCAAUUUCGACAAUGCCGACUUUGUUGUGGUGGAGAACCAAUUCGGUGAUCUGCACCUAAUCAGGCCGGAGACUGUUCCUUUUGCACGUCCACUGGCCACCGCUUUCCCUCCUUCCUCUCGAGACCCCCCUUCGACCCUCGUGGAGCACCAGUCGGCCGUCCAGUCUCAAUUGCAGACCGUCAACAAGGCCGCUGCAAGCCGGUCGGGCAGUAAAGUCACAAGUGCCAAGAGCAGUAUCCGCAGCGGUAAGGCCGGCAAUGGCAACAUCUUGCAAGGCAAUGACAGCCUGAUCGGCCAGGAUGUGCUCCCCACUAUCAUGGCUGGUGUCGAGACUGAGCAGCUCAUGGACCUGACGAUGAUGACAUAUCGGUAUACGCGAUUCUUCCUGCACCCACCCUCUGGUCGAUGGCGUAUGAUCAAAGACUGGCGAGACCCUAUGUGGAACAGCAACUCUUCCGUGUCUCAAGGUGUGACUUGGGACGCUGAAAAGGACCGGAUGAGCUUGUUUGGCAAGAACGAGAUUGAGAUCGAGGACAAAGGCAUCAUCGGAGUCCUUGUCGACGAGGUCUUGCAUCCUUUCUACAUGUUCCAGAUUGUGUCAAUCGGCCUUUGGUCCAUCGAUGACUACUAUUACUACGCCAUUUGUAUCGCCAUUAUCUCUUUGGCUUCCAUCAUUGCCACUCUGGUUGAGACCAGGACUACAGUCGCCCGAAUGAGGGAGAUGUCACGUUUCAACACGCCCGUGCGGGUCUUGCGGGAAGGAAGCUGGAAGACCCUCGACAGCUCUCAGCUCGUGCCUGGAGACAUUUACGACGUCGCUGAGUCUGGCUUGCUGCUCUUCCCAGCCGACAGCGUCCUGCUGAGCGGAGACGCCAUCGUCAACGAAAGCAUGUUGACCGGAGAGUCUGUGCCAGUCUCUAAACUGCCUAUCCAGGACUCUUCGAUGCAGUAUUUGCAAAUGACUGGGCAGGAUGUCCACUCGGAACUUGCAAAGCACUUCUUGUUCUCGGGUACGAGGAUCAUCCGAAUCCGCGGUACUUCGGGCAGUGAGAAGACGAGCGACGAUGCCGGAGCCAAGGCAAUGGUCGUCCGUACCGGCUUUGAUACGACCAAGGGUGCCCUCGUCCGUAGCAUGCUCUUCCCGAAGCCCAUGGGAUUCAAGUUCUACCGCGACUCGUUCCGCUUCAUCGGCUUCCUGGGCGGUAUUGCCGCCUUCGGCUUCCUCGCGUCUUCGUACAACUUCGUCAAGCUGGGCAUUGCCUGGCACACCAUCAUUCUGCGAGCCUUGGAUCUCAUCACCGUCGUCGUCCCACCCGCCCUUCCUGCUACCAUGAGUAUCGGAACAACGUUCGCAAUCUCGCGCUUGCGCAAGAGGGAGAUUUUCUGCAUUUCGCCCAACCGAGUCAACAUCGGGGGCAAGGUCAAUGUUUUCUGCUUCGACAAAACGGGUACGCUCACCGCUGAUGGCCUCGACGUUCUCGGGACAAGGACCAUCGACUUGCGAGCCAAUCGAUUCAGCGAGCUCCACGAGACCAUGGAGGAGAUGCCAGUCAAUGCAUAUGCUUCUAAGCAGGACGCAGACGCCAAGAAGAUGCCGCUUCUGUAUGCUUUGGCUACGUGUCACAGUCUCAAGGUCGUUGACGGCGAAGUCAUUGGUGAUCCUCUGGAUGUCAAGAUGUUUGAAUAUACUGGCUGGACGCUGGAUGAAGGCCGCGACCAGGCUGCCAAGGCGACAACAAAGAGCGGAACGGCCAAAGAUGGCAAGAGCAGGCUCACAGAGCGUCCUCCGGCCCUCGUCCAGACCGUGGUUCGUCCACCUGGUGGCGAAGCAUUCGAGCCUGAGGAUGCUAUCAAGCCCGGCCGACACGCUCACUUCCUUGAGCUCGGUGUUCUGCGUACCUUUGAGUUCGUGUCUCAACUGCGCAGGAUGAGUGUCAUCGUCAAGCGGCUCAAGUCGCAGUCUCUCGAGGUGUUCGUCAAAGGUGCGCCUGAAGUCAUGUCGGACAUCUGCGACCCCUCUUCCUUCCCUGCCGACUACGACGAUCUCUUGGCCUACUACACCAAGCACGGCUACCGUGUCAUCGCUUGUGCCGGAAAGAGCAUGACUGGAAUGACUUGGAUCAAGGCUCAGAGGAUGAAGCGAGAGCAGGCUGAAUCUAAUCUGCGCUUUUUGGGCCUUAUCAUAUUCGAGAACAAGAUCAAAGAAGGCACCGCGCCGGUCAUUGAAACACUUACGGCUGCCAACAUCGUUUGCAAGAUGGCUACUGGUGACAACCCUCGGACGGCGAUCAGUGUUGCAAGGGAGUGUGGCAUGAUUGCCAACUCGGCUCAUGUCUUCCUGCCAUCCUUCCUCGAGGGCAACUCCUCUUCGCCAAAGGCUGUUCUGGACUGGUCCAGCGUCGACGAUGAUCAAGUCAAGCUAGACCCUCUGCGACUCAAGCCACUCGUCAACGAUCCGCACGCUUUCGACGUCGAUGGCUUCGACCUGGCAGACUACCAACUGGCACUGACCGGAGAUGUGUUCCGGUGGAUGAUCGACUUUGCUCCGGUGGAGACAUUGCGACGAAUGCUUAUCAAGGGUACCAUCUUUGCACGAAUGUCUCCGGAUGAGAAGCACGAGCUGGUCGAGCGCCUGCAAGCACUCGGCUACACCGUGGGAAUGUGUGGAGACGGUGCCAAUGACUGUGGUGCUCUCAAGGCGGCAGAUAUUGGUAUCUCCCUCUCCGAGGCCGAGGCAUCCGUCGCCGCUCCAUUCACCUCUCGAUCGCCUGACAUCUCUUGUGUAAUCGAAGUCAUCAAAGAAGGCAGGGCAGCAUUGGUUACAUCCUUCUCUUGCUUCAAGUACAUGGCUCUGUACUCGCUGAUUCAGUUCACGAGCAUCGAGAUCCUGUACAGCUUUGCAAGCAGUUUGGGCGAUUUCCAAUUCUUGUACAUCGAUCUGUUCAUCAUCCUCCCAGUAGCCGUGGCAAUGGCCCGCACCCUACCUUACCCGGAUCUAGCGGUCAAGAGGCCGACUGCCAACCUGGUAUCGAAGAAGGUCCUGGUCUCUAUGCUGGCUCAAGUGGUCAUCUGCGCCGCCGUGCAAGGCUUUACUUUCUUCUACACAAGAGCGCAGCCAUGGUACGAGCCUCCUGUGGUCAACCCAGCCAAGCUUAACGUGGUGAACCCAGAGAACAGUGCCCUCUUCCUCGUCUCGAGCUUCCAGUACAUCCUCGUCGCAGCCAUCUUCAGCGUUGGUCCGCCGUACCGCAAGCCAAUGUACACAAACUCCUGGCUGAUGAUCUCCCUACUGGUCCUGGGCAUCUUCUCGACUUACUUCCUCUUUGUCCCCUCUGGACCCGCCUUUGAUCUUCUUGGGCUAGUAGAAUUACCACGAGCCUUCCACUGGAGACUAGCAGCAACGGUACUAGUCAAUAUUGCCGCUUCGUUCCUCACGGAGUUGUACCUCGUGCAGCCCAUUACUAAGUCGCUCAAGGCGAUGCAGAGGGUUAUGAGGAGGAGAAGAAGGACGACGCGCAGGAGUGGAGCCUUGUACAAGGCGGUGCAGCAGGAAAUGACGGCCGAUCACCGCGAGACUGCUUGAGCUCGAUAGCGUCGUCAAACGCUUACUGCUCAAAGCAUCCGAAUCGGAUGCGCUCGCUGCUUCGCCUGCUGUGCUAUCGUCGAUGCCGAUAUAGAGUCCCAUCCUGGUCUUCCCAUGCCCAGUCACACCCCUGCCGCCCCGCUGGGCAAUCUUUCUCUGCUCUCCUUGCCUCUCCGGGACUUGUUUCUUACAAAAAUUGCGUAAUCUAUAUAGCAUGUCUCGUCAGUAUCAUGCGUGAGAGUAC